UUUCUCUCCCUGUGACCGUCAUAACCUUUCAACCCAACAAUAACAAUCAAAAUCAAAAUGCAGUUUUAAUUUUGGGUGAUGGGAGAUGUGGGCACCUGAAAGGCCGCCGGGAAAUGAAAAUCACAUUCAUAUUUUCGUGUUGCCUGGCAAAGAUUUUCGAAGAUAUGAUGAAGCGGAGGCGGAAGAAGUGGAUGUUGUUGAGUGUAGUUGUGUUGGUGUUGGUGGUGGUGAUGGUGGCUCUCAGGGACGCUAUGUUAGCCUCUAGGAUCAUCUGCUCCACCACUGACAUCCUACAUAAUCAUAUUACUCUUUUGUGCAAAGAAGUUGAAAAUGAUGCCAAGCUUCCUCAUGGACAUACACUGUCAAGCCAAGACUUGUGUAGGGAGCUAUGUGUCGCAGAUGUACCAUCAAGAAUAACGUGCCACACAUUCCACCUCAACAAACCAACAGUGUUCACUUUGUAUGGUAGUGGUAAAAAGGUCAUCAAAUCUGUUAUAAAACCAGAGGACCAAGAAGAAUCCAUAGGCGAGUCCACUGCUGAUGAAGAGGAGGUGUAUUGGAAAUUAAAAUCUGGCAAUCAGUACUUCCCAACCAAAGAUAACCUGCAAAGUAUGGUAAAUAUAUACAUCAGCAACUUUGUGGGUAAUGAUAUUGAUAAGGCUAUUAUCAGUAAACUCUUAAAUCUGAGUAAGUUGUAUCACUCUGAGACAGAAACUCUUGCAAAUCAUAGAAAUUUUUGGUUGUUAAUACAAGAUCAUGAAUUUUUGACAUCGUUUGCCUUUGAAAAACUACAACUUUUUCCAAGUGUUUUAGGAACCUGUGGAACAUAUUAUGCCAUGCAGCACCUUGAACCAUUAACAGAAAAUCCGAUGCUGCCCUUUGAACUCACCUGGAGAAAAAGAUUAUGGAAAGCUUUAGAUAUUAUAAAGUAUAUACGACAACUGGAAACAGUUUGGACAGAGCCUAUACAUUUAUGUGAUGUGAAACAUGAUCACUUUGGCUGGAAUGAUAAAGGAAAAGUGAUGUUUCUUGAUCUGGAUUCUGUAUUGCCUGAAACCUCUCUUCUGAAGACUAUGGAGAAUACUCCACAUUGUUCAGAUAAUGAGGACUGUUCAUACUUUGACUGUAAAGGACGGUGUCAUCUUAAAACUUCCAAAUGUGAAUUGAAGCGAACUAAUACCAAUUUGCAAGUUAUCUGUGACAAGAUUUUCCUUGGUAAUACAGAAAGUUUAUUUUCUCUCUAUGGUUUGUUAGUGUCAUACGAAGCUAAUGAAGAAUUGAGAGAAGCUCUGGAACUAUGCAAAACUAACCGAGGUAUGACUGUUGAUGGAAUGGUGGAUGUAUUAACUAAGGCUUCAAAUUCUCUCUUGUAUUAAACUUACAUUUAGCAACUGCUUAUUCUACUUAACUGAAUCUCAGCCUCUGAUAUUACGUAUAUGUAAACUGUAUUUUAAAAAUUGUAUCACUAAUGGUUCCAUAACUUUUUAUCGAAGUUAUGUGCACAAAAGAUACUUCAUCUUAUGUAACGUAAUAUUUUUCCUGUACAAUGUACUAUACCUGUAGUUAAAAUAUACAACAUUAUUCAGUGGCUCUGCAAAUAUUGGUGGAAUGGCUUUGGUAAUAACUGCUACUGAUAACUGUAAUGAGCAGAUAUAUACUGGUUAAAAUAAAGCUGAACAAGGAUUGUUUGUGGAUACAAUGUAAUGCAAAGUUUACAAAUCCCACUAAACACACUGUAAUUUUUACUAUUUUAUCACCCCAGGUAUAGUACAGUACAGUAUAUGUAUUAAGUAGAAGAUUUAAUAUCAUUGAAGAAGUGUGAAUAUCUAAGCUAUGGUUAUGUACUGUAAUUUAAGGGAAAAAUCUCAUUUAUAGUGUACCAUUGAUAUCUGUCUUUUUCUAAAUGGGUCAAACUGCAUUUGAUUUUGUAAUACAUUCAAAAUUAUCUUCACAUUAUUGGUGAUGUGAAUUAUAUGAUUUAGCUGGACGGUUUACAAGUACAUUAAAAAUUUAACGCUAAAUUUUGGUUGUAUGCUAUUGAAAAGGCUUUUGUUAUUCAAUAUUUUAUUGUAAAAUGUGAUCUACGACAGGGCAUAGUCAAGUACACAGUACAAGCAUGUGACUGGGUCCAGGACUUACUACAACAUUCAAAGACCAUACCAAAGGUUUUUUAAGUGAUAUUAUUUAUAUUUUUAUAUACGUUACUGAUAAAAUAGACAACUUUUGUGUUGUGUGUCGUCUAUGGCUUGAAUGUAGGUAUGAUAUUAAUGAAUAAUAUAUAUCUUAGUCUUUUUUAGCUAAAAUUCUGUCCAGGGGAAAAUCAGUUUUAUACUGCAAUAGUUCAUAGUAGCUUAAUCUAUGGCAGUUUAUCAAUUAAUAUUUAGAUACGGUGGUUUUUCUUUAUCUCAGAGAACUGGUGUUUUUUUCUGUGCAUGGAGGUGGAUCACCUGUAUCCUUCUGUAGUCUAUCCUCAUUAGCACUGUCUGUUCUUCACCAUGGCUGUCAAAUCACUGAGGCUUUUUCUUUGAGCUAAUAUCUAUAUCACCUAUAUCCUGUUCCCUUUCCUCGAGUUAUUUUGCAUGUGACCUCUGUUCUAUUGUUUUUCUUGGAAUUACUUUGCAUAUCACCUUUGUUGUAUUGUUUUUCCAGGAAUUACUUUGCAUACUACCUUUGUUCUUUUGUUUUUCCUGGAAUCACUUCUGCUUUAUUGCAGUUUCUUGAACAUUGUUCCCAAAUAUAGAAGAUUGUUCUUAACUUCAUUUUAUUCACCAUUCAUUGCAAUACUGUGGCUUACACUGUCUCACAAAUAUAUCAAUUUUAUAUGUGCUCUUUCAACAUCCUCAUAUUCAAAUGUGGCAGGAACCCAAAGAUUAUAUUACCUCAGGUUGCUGAGUUUAUUAUGUGUACAAGAAGCACUUACUGCUCUCCAUGUUACUUCUUUGUAUGCCUCAGGCAUAAGUAACUAAAUAACAAAAAGGUACAAUACCGUGACUGGAACAAUACAACACAAAUAACCCAUACAUAGGAGAGAGAAGCUUAUGACAACGUUUUGGUCCGACAUGGACCAUUUACUACUAUGUACUGGAGUUUACCUGGAGAGUGUUCCAGGGGUCAACGCCCCUGCGGCCCGGUCUGUGACCAGGCCUCAUGGUGGAUCAGGGCCUGAUCAACCAGGCUGUUACUGCUGGCUGCACGCAAUCCAACGUAUGAACCACAGCUCGGCUGGUCAGGUACUGAUUUUAGGUGCUUGUCCAGUGCCUGCUUGAAGACACCCAGGGGUCUGUUGGUAAUCCCCCUUAUGUAUGCUGGGAGGCAGUUGAACAGUCUUGGGCCUCUGACACUUAUUGUGUUGUCUCUUAACGUGCUAGUGACACCCCUGCUUUUCAGUGGGGGGAUGUUGCAUCGUCUCCUGAGUCUUUUGCUUUCAUAGGGAGUGAUUUUCAUGUGCAAGUUUGAUACUAGUCCCUCUAGGAUUUUCCAGGUGUAUAUAAUCAUGUAUCUCUCCUGCCUGCGUUCCAGGAAGUACAGGUUCGGGAACUUCAAGCUCUCCCAGUAAUUGAGGUGUUUUAUCUCCGUUAUGCGUGCCGUGAAGGUUCUCUGCACAUUUUCUAGGUCAGCAAUUUCACCUGCCUUGAAAGGUGCUGUUAGUGUGCAGCAAUAUUCCAACCUAGAUAGAACAAGCGACCUGAAAAGUGUCAUCAUGGGCUUGGCAUCCCUAGUUUUGAAGGUUCUCAUUAUCCAUCCUGUCAUUUUUCUAGCAGUUGCAAUUGAUACAAUGUUAUGGUCCUUGAAGGUGAGAUCCUCCGACAUGAUCACUCCGAGGUGUUUGAAUUUAGUUUCUCACUCUAUUGUGUGGUUGGAAUUUGUUUUAUACUCUGAUGAAAUUUUAAUUUCCUCAUGUUUACCACAUCGGAGUAAUUGAAAUUUCUCAUCGUUGAACUUCAUAUUGUUUUCUGCAGCCCACUGAAAGAUUUGGUUGAUGUCCGCCUGGAGCCUUGCAGUGUCUGCAAUGGAAGACACUGUUAUGCAGAUUUGAGUGUCAUCUGCAAAGGAAGACACGGCACUUUGGCUUAUAUCCCUGUCUACUACUACUUCCUCUAGCACUACUUCUCUUCUUCCUUUCCUACUACCUCUCUUGUCCAGUCCUUGUCUGUUGGCCUAUAUAUACUCCCUCCUUCUCUUCUCUCCUUUUUGUUAGUGUGACUUUGUAAAUGGUCCAAGCCAGACCGAAACGUCGUCAUAAGCUCCUCUCUCCAAUGUGCGGGUUAUUUGUGUAUUGUUCAGGCAUAAGAGUUAAGACAGUACAGUUGUUACCAUUGUUUUCAUAGAUUUUUUUAUGGCUCCUCUACAUAUUAGUGUAGAACAUUAUGAAUAUACUGUACUAUAUUUGGUAUUUUAGAUAAACACUCAGCAUAGUAGACCGAUUGCACAAUAAUGUUGGUACUCAUGACAUUAAGGCAUAUCUAAUACUGUAUCAUUCCUUAUUUGGGAGGUUUGUACCUGUAACUCUGUUAUUCAACAAACGUUUUCUUAUUACUGUAGUAUUAUUUUAGAUACAAUUCUGAAUACAUUCAUCCAGGAGAUUUUAUUUAUUUAUAUAUUUAUUAACACAUCGGCCGUUUCCCACCAAGGUAGGGUGGCCCGAUAAAGAAAAACUCUCAUCAUCAUUCACUCCAUCACUGUCUUGCCAGAGGCAUGCUGACACUACAGUUAUAAAACUGCAACAUUAACACCCCUCCUUCAGAGUGCUGGCACUCUGAAAGAUAUCACUGGCUCAUACCUGUCACCUGUAGCUCAGUUGGUAGUGCACUCAGCUCAGACAUUGAGUGUCUGUGGUUCGAUCCCUGGUACGGGUGGAAAUAUUUUUUUUUAUAUUUUAUUUAAAAAUACAUUACAAUACAUUAAAAAUAAAAGAAUCUCUACUCCAAUGCUAAAUACCAGUUUAUACAUUUCAUCAAUCUUAAUAUAUUACAAUAAGCCUGAAUAUUUCAAUUACAUGUAUACUUAUCACCCAACUAAUAGGUGUACAAUGUCAUUACACAGAAUUCCAUGAAAUUUACUUAAGAAUUAAUACAAAUAUUGACAAUCCUCACAAUCCUUCCCGUCUUCUAAAUACAGUGUACACACAUUCAGUUACAUUUCGUUAUGAUCUAAUCAUAAUUAAAUUACCCCCCCCUCCCUUUUCCCCAGUGCAAAAAUAAAUGCCACUUGCACUAAACGUCACAACAUCUUACAUUUUUUCACUUAACUUAUAAAAUAAUAACUAUGUAAAGUAAAAGGACACAAGUGCAACUAAUGUGGCAUUUUAUUAUGGCAAGGUUUCGCUCUCCAGGAGCUUUAUCAAGCCGUUACAAACAAUACAUGGACACAGAGGGUAUAUAUAGGCUCAGAGUGAGGUGCAAUACUAGUAGUAGUAGUAGUAGUAGUAGU